AUGAAUAAUUCACGUCUUUAUUUUGUUCGAAAUAUUUUUCCCAAUGCAAGUAAUCCUUGUUGUGUAUCAAAUAUAACAUUGAUAUUACAAAAGCUACAAAAUGUCAUGGCUAAUGCGAUUUCAACUUCUGUCAAUAUACCUCGAUGUCUUCUUCUUAAUAGUAAUGGUUCAUUAAUUACUAUCGAACAAACAUCAAGUGUACCUUCAUACUUAGAUCGUUUUGAUCCUCAAACACUAACACUUUUAGAACACAUUCCUAUCAAUGCAUUGGUAACAAAUAUUGCUUUUAAUCAAGAAAAAUAUUUUAUUGGAAUGUCUGGUAAUAGUACGAUUUCAGUUUUUACUAAAGGUGUAAGUAAUAAUUCCUUAGUCUAUGUAAACAAUAUAAAUGCUCCAUCAACCGCAAGUAUGAAUGCUGUUCGAGAUAUGAUUUUUUUAAAUAAUGGACAAACAAUGGUAGUCGCUUCUGCUAGUAAUAAUCGUCUGUACUUUUUCUCAUUGAUUAAUAAUACGAAUUAUACAAUGACAUCAUACAUAACACUCAAUUAUAUAGCACCACACGGUUUAUUGCAUGUAAAUGAUUCAUAUUUCUAUGCAACAUCAUGGACUAAUACUUCUAUAUAUGCAUAUAAUUACAAUGCAACAAUAUCCAACUGGACUCAAACGUUAUUUGUUAAUGCAUAUACAACCAGUACAAGUUAUGGAGCACAUGUAUUGAUUGAUGAUUGCAAUCGGCGAUGGUUUACGAUUCAAGGUUACGGAAUUCGAAUUUAUAAUGAAAAUGGAAUUAAUUUAGGCAAUUGGAGUUUAGGUGCAGGUUAUUUUGAUACACUUCUUCUAGACAAUUAUGUGGUGUUACUAUCUAAUACAGUAAAUAGUACAAUCACUCGUAUAGAUCCGCAAAUAACAUGUGACGAUGGUUAA